CCGGGGAGGCCCCGCGAGUCAGCGAAGCGCUCUCCCCUAGCCCCGCCCUCCAGCGCCUCCGGCCAAUGGGAGCCGGCUGGGCCGGGAGCGCGGCCAAUGGGAGGGCCGAGGGAGGAGCUCUGCCUUUAAGAAGCAGCGGCCGGCGAGGCAGAAGCUCAGCAGCAGGCAGAGAGCAGGUGUGCAUUGGUCUUCGCCAGGAUGUCUCUGCAGGCAGAGCAACAAAGAGGGAGAGAAAUCUUUCAUCUUCUGGUUCACCCUCCGCAUGCCAACGACAGCCAGGGCUGGGCCAGGCUGAUUUUGACAAGGCCACCAAAGAGGUGAGGAAGCUGAAGGCGAGACCCAGCGAUGAAGAACUGAAAGCCCUCUAUGGGCUGUAUAAGCAAGCCAUCAUUGGCGACGUGAAUAUUGCCUGUCCAGCAAUGUUAGACUUAAAAGGCAAGGCCAAGUGGGAAGCAUGGAGCCUCCAAAAAGGAUUGUCGAAGGAUGAUGCCAUGAGUGCCUACAUUUCUAAAGCUAAUGAGCUGAUUGAAAAAUACGGGGUUUAGAAUUCUUAGAAUGCAGCAGAUGAGAAAUUUUCCUUCUGGAGCCUUCGUGGCAAAGGUACCAUAACCUAACAUUGAGUGUGGAAAAUGCACUGUUAACCCCAUGUAUCGUGUAUACUUUCACUAUUAGCAUGAUUUAUAAUAUUUAACUAGGAAUAUAUUAUAACUGCAUAGCUGAUUAAAUCUUACUUGAUUAAACCAGGUGAGACUUGAGUUUUUUUUUAAAAUUAUUACUCUGAUGGAACGUGCACAGAAACUUUAACCAUUGUUUGUUCUUGUGGUUUUUCUCUGCUACAGUGAGUUGGUGUCAGUGGUGUAAUAAAUGCAGCUUGUUAAGAAUCAGUAGCAGGAUGAUUCAUUGUUACAUGGGUGGCUUUGGGCUCACCUAGACGUGGGGACUGUGGAGUGGCAGAAUUGCCUGGUCCAGGUCUUCUGUGACUUAUGAGAUGACCUGGGACAAGUUAGUUAACCUUGCUAAGCUUCAUCUGUGUAGGAAAAAAAAAAUGAUAUCACUGUCACAGAGUGGUUGUAAGAUUUGAAUGCGCUAACUAUAAUCAUCCGGCCCUCAUAUUACAGAAAAUGCUAUAUACAACAUAACAAGUAAGCUGAAAAAAUAUUUUAAAAAAGAAACUCAAGUGUCUAUCCAUUGGGGCCAGCACUGUGGCAUAGAAGGUUAAGCUUCCACCUGUGGCACUGGCAUCCCAUAUGGGUGCUGGUUCAAGUCCCAGCUAUUCCACUUCCAAACCAGCUAAUGUGCCUGGGAAAGCAACGGCAGUCCUUGGGCCCCUGCACCCACACGGGAGACCUGGAAGAAGCUCCUGGCUUUUGCUUGGCCCAGCUUCUGCUUUUGCAUCCACUUGGAGAGUGAACCAGCAGAUGGAAGACAUUUUCUAUCUCUCUCUUUCUCUCUGAAUCACUGCAAUUAAAUA